CAUAAGGUUAUAAGUCAUUAUUGAUUAUAGUCAUAAAGUGUGUGGUGCUUUAAGUGAAUUUUUGUUGUAGUGAAAAACGCAAUAAAAACUUUUAGUUGUAUGAGCAGUACAUAGACAGUUUGUAUGUUAAAUAAUUACUAGAUCGACCACUCAAUUGACGUCAAAUAUUUGCGAUUAGAUAAACGGAGGACCCUUCAGUUUUUAAGUUUUUUGUUCUAAAUCAACGGCGAUAAAAUCUGUUAAUUCAAUAUAAAGAAGUGUUAUAAUGGUUUAGUUUUUUUGGAGCGUAAUUGAGGAUUUAUUGAGGAUGGAUGAGAAGAAGGACAAGAGUAUUUUAGAACCUAUUUUUUAUGGUUUCCAAAAUAACGAUGAUUAUCAGAACCAAAAUACCCCGGACCUACACGUCGCCAGGCCAGUGUAUCAAAUCGAGGACCUACAUAAAGAUACCUUAUAUGAAAAGCCUUAUUCUACAGUAAAAUCGAAAGUAGCCAAUUACUGCAAGUCCAUCCAUCCGUUAGAGUGUCUUUUAAGUACCGUCCCGUUGUUACAAUGGCUUCCGGAGUACAGUUGGAAAAAGCAUUUUUUCUCGGAUUUUAUCAGUGGUUUAACUGUGGCCAUUAUGCAUAUACCGCAAGGUCUGGCGUAUGGCCUCUUAGGUAAUGUUCCACCAAUCACUGGAAUCUAUAUGGCAUUUUUUCCAGUCCUAGUCUAUUUUGUAUUUGGUACUUCUAAGCAUGUUUCAAUGGGUACUUUCGCCAUAGUAUGUUUAAUGACCGGCAAAGUGGUAAGCGAGCACACCAACAUAGAAAUAAUGCAAAACGGCACAUCGCGAUCUUUGAGCACGAUUUCCACGUUGCCAGAUGUGCAGCUUACAAACGUUCAAGUUGCCGCCACGGUCACUUUCACCGUGGCAAUGUUGCAAUUGGUGAUGUUUGCCUUAAGAUUAGGCGCAGUCUCCAACCUUCUGUCAGAUAAUUUAGUGAGUGGUUUCACUUGUGCAUCCGCUUUCCAUGUGGUCUCUUCACAGCUUAAAGAUCUUCUUGGUUUAAGUAUAGGAAAGCGCAGGGGCAAUUUUUCUUUUGUGUAUACACUAUAUGAUGUUAUGAUGGGUAUUCCGACGGCGAAUGUCAGUGCCUGUACAAUAUCUUUGAUCGCUUGUGUGAUACUUGUAGCUAAUAAUGAAGCGUUUAAACCGUGGUUGUCGAAAAAAUGUAAAAUGCCUUUUCCUAUAGAACUAGUUGCGGUUGUUUUAGGUACUGGUGUUAUGUAUUUCACUGGAAUUCAUGAGACGCAUCAUGUGAGCACUGUUGGAUAUAUUCCUACCGGGUUGCCCGAGCCAAUAAUGCCAGUAUUCAGUUUAAUCCCGCAUAUUUGGCUAGACGCAGUAGUCAUAAUGAUGGUCUCUUACACCAUCACCAUGUCUAUGGCAUUGAUUUUCGCUAGAAAAUUGAUGUAUGAGGUGGAUUCUAAUCAAGAACUUUUAGCCAUGGGACUAAGUAACUGCUUAGGUUCAGUAUUUUCCUGCUUACCAUUGACUGCCUCGCUAUCUCGCUCUAUGAUACAACAGACGGUAGGUGGCGUCACUCAACUGGCCAGCGUUGUCAGCAGUUCACUUUUACUGAUUGUCCUGCUAUGGGUUGGUCCUGCGUUUCAAACAUUGCCGCGUUGUGUGUUAGCUAGUAUUAUAGUCAUCGCAUUAAAGGGUAUGUUACUCCAAAUAAAAGACCUCCCACGCCACUGGAGACUGAGCAGAUGGGACGGUUUCGUAUGGGCUGUGACGUUUUUCGUAACACUUUUCGUACAAAUAAGUGUGGGAUUGGCCGCCGGCGUCGCCGCCUCUAUUCUAAGCGUUGCGGCCCAAGGAUUGAGACUGCAGGCCUCGAUUUUAGGCCGUUUGGCCGGCACCGACUUGUAUUUAGAUAUGAAGCGACAUAAAGCGGCUGUAGAAGUGCCCUCGUUGAAAAUCAUUCAUUUUGUCGGCGGAUUGAGUUUCGCUGCCCGUGAAGCUUUUAAGGACCUGUUCGUGCAGAAAAUCGGGUUCGACCCGGCCGCUUUGCUCAGAAAACGAGUAAAAUUACGCGAAAAGGGAGUUUAUGUAGAUGAAGACGAAGAUCUCAUGGCGAAAGGAAUAAUCUUAGAUUUUACCUCAUUAACUUUCCUGGAUCCUAGCGGUGUGGUGUUCCUAAGACAACUACAAUCUGAUCUCGAAAAAUUGGGCAUUGCCCUGUAUAUAUCCGGGUGUUCGGGAAGGGCCUACGAAGUGAUAACGAACUGUGAUAGACGGGAGAAGAAAGAUAGUAAAUUUUUAAUUUUUCCUACGGUACACGAUGCCGUACUAUUCGCGCAGGCCACUAGGACAUCGAUAAAAUCAAGCUAAAAGUAAUUUUUAAUUAGGUAAUUGAAAUUUUGCGACCUGUUUGUGAGUGAUAUAACGUAUAGUUACCAAAUACUUAUAUUAUUUUGUGUCACUUAUAUAUUGUUUAUAUAUGAUUCUGUCUUCCGAAAUAUAGAUACUCGUACAGCGUUACUGCGUUUUGUCGAUAUUGGGCAGUAUUUUCAUGAAAAAGGUUGCGCCUGAAGAGCAGAAAUUUGAAGUUUUUCAGUACUGAAAAAUACAUAAAUAUUUUGCUUAAAGAUACUUAAUAUACCUCUGUUGUUAAAUGACGAAUUUUCCAUGUAAGUUAUGUAAUUUUUUUUUAAUUUAAGACGUAGACAAAUAUAUUUUAUUUUUAAACAAGA